UCUUGGUCCGAUCAUAACGGAACAACCAGGCACAACAUGAUGACAACUUACCUGUUUCUACUGUUGGUAGAAAUCUCAAAUCCGUUCCGAAGUUGAUAUAAAAACAAGCUUUUCGGCGAUUAUUUAUUUAUUUUUUAUUUCUAACAGUGAGUCCGGAGCGGAUUAAAAGUGGAACAUGACUUCCGCUGUGACUGUGAGAUAAUUAGCGGACUAGUUAACCUAGCUAAAAUUUGCCAAGGCGGUGAAAAUAAUUAGCUUUAGAUAUGUUACCACUGUGGGGAAGAACGGCACUAUUUUUGGUCGUUUGGAGGAUUUAACCCGGGUUAACGGUACUUGGCUGUUAAAAUGUUUGCUUUCCGGGCCGGUUUAGUUCUUACCGUUUAAGAUACAGUUACAAAGCUUAACAUUAAAACCUUGUGUAAAAGGUAGUAAACGGCUGCGCGCGAUCGUAAAAAUGUACUUUGCCACAUGAAAAAUGUCGGACUCGGUUGAAAGUGAGUGUCUGCACAUCCAGGACAGAUAUAAUGCUCCACAGAGGUGUUGGAUGCCCAUACACGUCAGCACCUCCUUAGACAACAGCACUAUUCAUCCAUUUACACCGCAGAGGUAAAACUCCUCAUCGGAUUAUAUUUAAACAGUCAUGGCUCUGAAAUCCAGGAGACCGUGGACGACCGUGAUUUUCGGCGUCUUCCUCGGAUUCACCGCGUCCUCUUGGCUCAUUGUGCCCCAGGUCCUGGACGGUAAACGGAAGAAGUCCGCCGUGUGUUCCUACUACGGGAAUGCUGUAGUGGGGAAAGCUCCGGAGGUCUUGGGUAACGCGGCGGAUGUCAGAAACCGGGACAGCCCGCAGGUCAGCCCGGACGGAGACAGGGUGUUCACGGCGGGGAACAGCAGCGGCGGUGGAGGUGGAGGGGUGGGGGCUAACGGGACCCCCACCGGCCGGCCCAAAAGGUUCCUCUACGUCGGGGUGAUGACCGCGAAGAAGUACCUGGAGACCCGGGCAGUGGCCGCCUACAAGACCUGGGCCGGUUCGGUACCUGGGAAGGUGGAGUUCUUCUCCAGCGCCGGGUCUGAAGCCGUGCACGUCCCCGUCCCGCUGCCCGUGGUGUCCCUGGCGGGUGUGGACGACUCGUACCCGCCACAGAAGAAAUCAUUCAUGAUGCUGAAGUACAUCCACGACCACUACCUGGAUAAAUAUGAGUGGUUCAUGCGGGCAGACGAUGAUGUUUACAUAAGAGGUGAAAAGCUUGAGUUGUUCCUCCGGUCGCUGAACAGCAGUAAACCCCUGUAUCUCGGACAGACAGGCCUCGGUAUGGCUGAGGAAUUGGGCAGGUUGGCCCUCGAGCCCGGGGAGAACUUCUGUAUGGGGGGCCCAGGGAUGAUCUUCAGUAGGGAGGUGCUGCGUAGAAUGGUCCCUCACAUCGGUACCUGCCUCAGGGAGAUGUACACCACCCAUGAGGACGUGGAAGUGGGCCGCUGUGUGCGACGAUUUGGAGGAACACAGUGCGUGUGGUCGUAUGAGAUGCAGCAGCUCUUCUACGAGAACUAUGAACACAACAAAAAAGGUUUUAUUGAAGAACUCCACAGCAGCAAAAUCCACAAUGCCAUAACACUCCACCCCAACAAAAAACCAGCCUACCAGUACCGACUCCACAGCUUCAUGCUCAGUCGCGAGAUUUCCAGGCUUCGUUACCGAACCAUCCUACUCCACCGUGAAGGUCUCAUUAUGAGUCAACUCAGUGAUACUGAGGUCCUUUGGGAGGACCAACAACUGGGGGCCCUACCUUCCUUCAUGCGCUACCAGCCCAGUGAGAGAAAUGAUGUAAUUGAAUGGGAUUUCCUGACUGGCCGCCAUAUUUACUCUGCUGUUGAGAAUAAAAUGGCAAGGCAAAGCCUUGGGAAUGCACUUCGGUCUGCAUUAGAAGACAUUAUAAUGCAAGUCAUGGAAAUGAUUAAUGAGAAUUCAAAAACACGUGGCCGUGUCAUUGACUUUAAAGAGGUUCAGUAUGGCUAUUACAGGGUGGACCCCAUGCAUGGGGCUGAAUACAUAUUAGAUUUACUGCUUCUGUACAAGAAACACAAGGGACGCAAAAUAACCGUACCUGUGAGGCGACAUGCGUACCUGCAGCAGUCCUUUAGCCGACCAUUUUUUACUGAAACUGAAGAGCUGGAUGUGACUGAACUUGUGGCUGCCAUCAACUCGGAAUCACAGAGUUUCUUGUCUAACUCUCUCAAGUUUUUGUCACCUUUCCAGUUCUACGAAUCAACCAAGGAGAUGUGGGGCCAAAGCCAGAGGAAGGUAAACAUCCUCGUCCCUCUGUCUGGGCGCUAUGAAAUUUUUGUGCGCUUUAUGGAGAACUUCGAAAAAGUGUGUUUGAUACCCAAGCAAAAUGUGAAGCUCUCUAUCAUUCUAGUUGACAAUGAAAGCAAUCAGAACAAAGGGAAACACAUGCAGUUAAUCGAUGACUACUACAGGAGGUAUCCUAAAGCCGACCUGUCCGUCAUCCCCAUGACCGGGAACUUCUCACGAGGACUUGCUCUGGAGCUGGGCUCCGCACAACUUGAUAAUGACACUCUUCUUUUCUUCUGCGAUGUUGAUCUUAUAUUUACUGCCGAUGCUUUACAGCGCUGCAGAGACAAUACUGUCCAAGGGAGACAGGCUUAUUUUCCUGUAGUUUUUAGUCAGUACAACCCCAAAAUCGUGUAUGCUGAGAACAAUCCAAGGGACAACAAGUUUGUACUCACCAAGAAGAGUGGUUUCUGGCGGGACUAUGGCUUUGGAAUCACCUGUGUUUUUAAGAGUGAUUUACUAAAAGCUGGAGGCUUUGAUACGUCAAUCUUAGGCUGGGGACUGGAAGAUGUAGAUUUGUUUACAAAAAUGAUCAAUUCUGGCUUGAAAGUGUUACGUAGUCAAGAACCAGGAAUUGUCCACAUUUAUCAUCCUGUUCACUGCAACGCCAGCCUCGAGCAGAAGCAACACAAAAUGUGCCUUGGGUCAAGAGCAAGUACUUAUGCAUCGACAAUGCAGUUAGCAGAGAUGUGGCUGGAGAAACACAUAGAGGUGGGCUAUAACAGAACGGCAUCCUGACACUCCUGCCCUUUUGGACUCAUGCAAGUUUACCUCAUUUCUGCCUCAAUGCAGACAAUAAUGGACUGCAUGUGACUGUGGAGUAUGUCUCCCUAGGUUGGAAAAAGGCCUUGACACAAAAAAAAUCACCCCAUCCAUCUUUCUGAAACAGACGUCAGUCCACCAAAUGAGCUGAAGUGACAGUAGCUGCACCUGAUGUUAAGGGACCGCUGGGAAAUGAGCAAGAUUGAACCUGGGUCCAGAACUCCUAAAUUACUGUUUAAAACCUGCAUCAUAUCGACACAAGUUGUUGUAAUGUCUCCACUUCUAAUCCACUGAUUGAAAAAACUUUACAUUUAAUUGAAUUGGCAAGGAAACAAGUAUGUAGUCGACCAAAGAUCUAAAGCUCUGAAUUUGGACAGAGUUCAAUGGGAAUUUUAGAAGCAGUUCCAUAUAUCAGGGGAAAAGCUACCAGAUGCAUAUUUGUCCAAUGUGGUCCAAACUGAGACGUGUCUACUCAAGUUUAAAGGAUCAACUUCAAGACCCACCCCCUCAUGUUUUAGAUAAAUAAUUGCAAACUGUGCUGGAUU